AUGAAGCUCCCCCCGAUCGUCACAACGUGCCUAAUGGCACUGGGCAUCGAUUGCUGUUCCAACAUUAUCGCGCAACGUCUGAAAGCCUGGCGCACCGGCGUGCCUUUCGUCUUCGAUCGUGUCCUCUUCUUCCAAUUCGCCUUCAUGGUCUUCCUGACCGCGCCGGUCAACUACCACUGGCAGAAUAGCCUCGAGCGAUGGUUUCCUGGAUGGAAGAUAGUCAAGGUGCAGAAGAAGGACGUCUCAAGCCUCGACGAUGAGGAGAAGGAGAUCUUCCUGCGGGAAGAUGGAGGCCCAAAAGUUCAGGAAGAGGAAGCUAGGGUCAGGAAUUGGUGGAACAUUUUCCGAAAAUGGUUCACGGAUUGUAUAACAAUGGGAGCGCUACUGAAUACAACCAUGUUCCUUAUCUUGAUGGGGAUCAUGAAGGGCAAGACAUGGUCGCGCAUUGGGACCGAUCUACGAACAGAAAUGUUUCCCAUCAUCUUUGAUUCGUACAAAGUCUGGCCGGUUGCCAACUUCUUUAGCACCACAUACUGCCCCGUUGAGCGCCGCAUGAUCUUCCUCAGCUGUUGCGGCCUCAUGUGGAACAUCUAUUUAAGUCUAGUCGCUGCGCGUUUAUAG